UACUACAUAUUCGGCUAAUACGAAAAUCCUCAACAGCAUAGUUAUUGCGUGUUUUGGGGGUUCAAUUGAUUGAUUCAGCAAAACUGAAUAUUAGGAGAAAAUUUUCAUCACUGGAACAAAAGAGUCUCCCUGGAGUAGUUAACAGCAAUGGGAAAUCUUUUCUGUUGUGUGCAAGUGGAGCAAUCUACAGUGGCUAUAAAAGAAAAUUUUGGACGAUUUGAGAAGGUGCUUCAGCCAGGAUGCCAUUGCAUGCCAUGGUUCCUUGGGAAACAACUUGCUGGUCAUCUCUCUCUUCGACUUCAACAAUUGGAUCUUCGAUGUGAGACCAAGACAAAGGAUAAUGUAUUUGUUACUGUUGUUGCUUCAAUUCAGUACCGUGCCCUGGCAGAGAAGGCCAAUGAUGCUUUUUACAAACUCAGCAAUACAAAGACCCAAAUUCAGGCAUAUGUUUUUGAUGUAAUUAGGGCAAGUGUUCCAAAGCUGAACUUGGAUGAUGCUUUUGAGCAGAAAAAUGAAAUUGCCAGAGCUGUGGAAGAAGAGCUUGAGAAGGCUAUGUCAGCUUAUGGGUACGAAAUUGUUCAAACACUGAUUGUUGAUAUAGACCCAGAUGAGCAUGUGAAGAGAGCUAUGAAUGAAAUCAAUGCUGCUGCAAGAUUGAGGGUGGCAGCUAAUGAGAAGGCAGAGGCAGAGAAGAUCUUGCUAAUUAAACGAGCAGAGGGUGAGGCUGAAUCUAAAUAUCUCUCUGGGUUGGGUAUUGCUCGCCAACGUCAAGCAAUUGUGGAUGGAUUGAGAGACAGUGUGCUUGGAUUCUCAGUCAAUGUACCUGGGACGACUGCAAAAGAUGUUAUGGACAUGGUCCUUGUCACUCAGUAUUUUGAUACUAUGAAAGAAAUUGGCGCUGCCUCCAAGUCUUCUGCUGUCUUUAUUCCACAUGGACCUGGUGCUGUUCGCGAUGUUGCCACCCAAAUUCGUGAUGGCCUUCUUCAGGCUUCUCAUCAGUAGCUUCUAUUCCAUCAAGAUCUUAUAUUUCGUUUGCAUGGGAGAAUGGUGAAGCUAUAGCGCCUGUGGUUAUAUACUUGUGUUUCUGUGCAGCUUUUUGUGAUUUGGUUUUAGAAUAAACUGCUAAAUUGAUCUUCCAAAAAUGAUAACAGCAACUGAUUUAUCUUCUAAAUAUUUUUUGCAUCAAAUUAGUCCCACAAUUAUCUAAGACUUUACCACCUUUGUUCUAAAAUUAGUCUUUGAUUUGUAUCUUUGAGGGAUUGAUUUGUUGGCCAAAAUCCUUUGGAGGACCAGUUUCUUGGCAUUUUUUAUUUAUACUUUGAGACAGUCAAGUAAAUACUGUGUAUUCUGUUGUCUUUAUUUUGAAUAAUGUAUAAUAAAACUAUCAAGUAUCUGUAUAUAAAAGUUGUC